AAAUAAGAAUGAUAAGGAUUAAACUAAAAAAAAAAAAAAGUUUAUGAAGCAAGUGCAACGACUGGUCGUUUAAGUACUCAGCUUGUUGGGUUAAACCCCGUUUUGUGUUAUUGUAGAAUCUGCUGUUUACUUCCUUCACCAUUUCUGAAUCAAACAUGGCGGCUUUCUUAAGGAGAGUUGCAACUUCCACUCCGAUCGCAUUCGCUUCCCAAUCCAAAUCCUCCCGUACCAAUUUCCACCUUCCCUUUACCGCUAUUGCCGCCAUUUCCGGUGGAUUCUCUUACCUUUACUACUCUUCCUCUCCCAAUCUGGUUCACUCCGAACAAAUUGGAGAAGAGGAAAUUAAAACUAAAAAUAUCGCACUUGUUCCUGAUAAAUGGGUUGAAUUUAAGCUGCAAGAUACUGCCAGGGUCAGUCAAAAUACCCACUUAUACAGGUUUUCGUUUGAUCCCACUAAGAACUUGGGUUUGGAUGUUGCUUCAUGCAUUCUUACCAGGGCUCCAUUGGGACAAGAUGCUGAAGAAAAACCAAAAUAUGUCAUACGUCCGUAUACUCCUAUAUCAGAUCCAGAAUCCAAGGGAUAUUUUGAUUUGUUAAUCAAGGUGUAUCCUGAAGGAAAAAUGAGCCAGCAUUUUGCAAGCUUAAAACCAGGUGAUGUGGUUGAAGUGAAAGGGCCCAUUGAGAAGUUCAAAUAUACUCCUAAUAUGAAGAAGAAUAUCGGCAUGAUUGCCGGCGGCACAGGAAUUACUCCUAUGCUUCAGGUAAUUGAAGCUGUAUUGAAGAAUUCUGAUGACAAAACUCAGAUAUCAUUGCUUUAUGCUAAUAUCUCCCCAGACGACAUACUGCUUAAACAGAAGCUUGACAUUCUAGAAUCAAGCCACCCAAACCUAAAGAUAUUCUACACUGUAGAUAAUCCAACAAAAAAUUGGAAAGGAGGUGCAGGUUACAUAUCAAAGGAUAUGGUUGUGAAAGGCUUACCUGCUCCUAGUGAUGAUACCCUUAUACUUGUGUGUGGUCCUCCUGGGAUGAUGAAACAUGUAUCUGGUGAAAAGGCCAAGGACUGGACACAAGGAGAGGUAUCUGGGUUACUCAAAGAGGCUGGGUACACUGAACAAAUGGUUUACAAAUUUUGAGAAAUUUUGGCUUCUAGCAUGUGAAGAGGGCAUGCCAAGCACUAAUUGAUUGCUGCAGAAUUCGUGUAUUGUAAUGGUUUUCGGAAGACAAACAGUUAGCUGCAGAUGAAAAUUCUAACAUGAAAUAAAUCUAGAAUGGCAGAGGAUAGAGAAUUAUUUUGUUUGUAUAAGUGCCUCAUGAAUUUUUAAAAUUUUGUGGCGUGAUUGUCAAUAAAGGGAUUUUGUUUCCCAAAGUUUAGGGUCUGAUUA